GGAAACACGUAGUUGUGCAGCGUUCAAACUAGUCACACCCAGCCAUAAUUUAAAAAAAAAACAUAUAAAAGUAUUAUGCGUUAGACGUUUCGAUAAUUGUAAAGAGUGGGUAUAUCGCCAGGUAUACCGCUGAAAUACAAGAAAAAGGGGGAAGUGUAGGAAAUCUAACGUGCCCAUUUUGUCAGGUUGACCUCGAAGUACUUCCGGUUUCUGCAAGGAAACGAUCGCUCGAUUGGUUUCUAUUUCACGCCAAAUAUCGAAUGGAAUAGAUACGGAUUAGGUAAGCAAAGGUAACAGCUCAAGAGAGACAACGUGAAAGGAAAACAUGCGUCGUGCGACUAGUGACCAAGUGUCUCCAUGGAUAGAGAAACUGAUCCUGAGCUAUGGCAGUGAAGAGGGAAGCAGUGCUCCUGUGCGACUAAACGCUCAUGUGAUUGGUGUGGGUGAGCUGACUGAUUCCCAGACCAGGACUCAUGACGGACCCAAAGGGUUGCUUUUUGUGUCUGAUGGAGUCGUAAAUAUGCCCGUCCUUCUCACAUCAACUGCAUGGGAGGAAAUCCAGGACAAUUGGGAUAAGGAAUGUUUCAGCAGUAUGAUUGAUAGCAGCGUUUGCAUGAAAAAGAUCCAGCUGCGCUUUCACAUGUCUAUGGAAGAUAUUAAUUGUAGGUUCUUCUUAGUGGUCGAUAAGAUGUUCAUCCUUUCAGUUGGCACGGAAAAAGAGAAAACUCCCUGCUGCACCUCUUUGCCCUCUGUUCAUAAGAAGAUCUACGAGACGUGGAGUUCACUCAUGGUCAAGGAUGGGCAGGAAUAUCAAAACAGCCAGUUUGGCUUUGAUCUGUCAGAGCUGCUGGGGGAGAUGCAGUUUGACUGUUUUCGGACAGUGAUGCUGGAUGUGCACAAGAGACUGAUGCAGGCAAACGGCGACAGCCAGGAGAUUGCGCCUGGCAUCCCAUUGCUUAAUGAGUCGGACUUGUUCACCGCCACAAGUUGGGACACUGAACGGAUUCAAGAUAAGGGCAUGAAAUGUUUCAGUAUUCCGAUGAAGUGUCUACUCAUUCCAGAAGGAGAUGCUCCCCUGGAGAAAAGAGCAAAUGUAGCGAGACCGACACCUGAUAGGGAGUUGGAUUUACAGCUUUGUGAUCCUAGCCAGUCAUUUGUCGAUGCUGCUGACGGGAAAACAGAUACACAUGCUAGAGACGAGAGAGAAAACUUAGCAGAGAACAUGCAUGCUGACCACAUAAGAGUUGAUACGACUGAAAAUACCAUCAUACCUCCAGCGGACCCUUGGCACAAUUUCCCUGCACCAUGCAGCUCUUCUAAUUCUUUUACAGAGUCCCCGGAAGAAACCAAUAUACAGUUUAUUCCUCCCCAGCAACAAAAGUGUGCUCUGAACAUAACUAGUACCCCCGUGCCUAUAAAUGCACAACCUGAUGUCAACACCUCUCAGCACAGCAAAGGAGAACACAGUUUUUUACCGCCUUACCAAAAACUGCCACCCUCACUCGGCAACAGCAAUAACACACAAACACAACACAUUCACACUGCUUCCCAAGAAAAACAGACUUUGAUUGAGAAUUCGGACGUGGCUGGGAGACAAUGUGGAAAGUCAAAGAGAAAACGGGAACUCGAGUUUUUCCAAAAAACCCAAAACAAAAUCACACUGGAGGAAGAGGAAGAAGCUCAUCAAAGCGGGAGCCCUCCAUCGUGGCUGUUUGACUCCAUGGCGAAUGAUGGCAGCAUUCAGGUUCAAACCAUGCUUGCAGAAAAAAGAAGAAGAACUCCUGCUGUUCACAGUGAUGGCCGCCCUUUCUCGUACACGUAUAAAGUGACUGCUAAGAAUCUUCUUGACUUGAGCCAGUUCAAGGUGGAAGAUUCUCUGCUGCAUUGGGCUGUCAAGUAUCUUGUUGAUCCAAAGCAGGCAACACAUCAAUAAUAUUUGCCAACACUGCCUGUCACUGGAUCCCAGUUGCUUAUACUGGAGUACUGGAGUAUUAUUCACAUACAGCUAUUUACAUCCAUGCUAUUCUUACAAUGGGUUAUGCAUUCAACAUUAAUAGCUAAACUUUGCUGAACUCCUAGAAUGUGCUGACCAUAAACUUAACAAUGUGUUUCUUUGGCGUACUCACAGCAGGAAGAGGGCGGGACAUAAUGUACAAUUCAUAGUCAGGAUGUGUGUGUGUGUUGAAGUCCCAUGAAUACUAUAUCCUGUAUGGCUGUAAAUAAAACUACACUCUUUGUCAAUAAAUGUGAAAAUUCUUGCUACUUUGAUUUGA